CAAUGGAUAAGGUACAUUCAAUCAGAGGUACACAAACACUACAACUUUUCAUAGUUAACACUCACUAGCUAUUCUCACAACACAAAUUCUAAGGAUGAUUCAUCUAAAACCAAUUCACUAUUCUAUGACACCAAAUCAACAUGUAUUUUUUAACAGAACAAGUCAUUUCCAAAGGAAAGACCUCGUUCGCUGCCUCUGCAAACCAAACGAUUCAAAUUCAGACUCAGAAGCAACUCCACCUCCACCUACGCCGCCGCCUCAAGGAGACUCCCGUCAGCAGGAACUGCUUGCAAUGAUAGCACAGCUUCAAACACAGAAAGUCCGUCUUACUGAUUAUUUAGACGAAAGAUCGGCUUAUCUAUCACAGUUUGCUGAAGAUGCCAAUACUGAGAUUGACCAAAUUGGUGAAAAUGCCCUCAAAGAGCUUGAUGAAGCUGGUGAAAGGAUAAUGGGAAAUAUAGAGAGCCGGAUGCAAGCUUUUGAGGAAUCAGUAGAGUUAAACAAACAGGAGAUCAAAGAGAACGAGAAGAAGCUGACAGACUUCGUAGACCAAAUGGAGGAGGAGAAAAAUGAAGGCCUUUUCUUUAAGAACUUAGGACAAAAACAGCCAGUGGAUAAAGCAAAAGCUAAGAAGGAAACAGAGAAGAUGAAGCAACUCAAUAAAGAAAUUGCUGAGUCAAAUACUAGAAAGAAUAUCUACCUUGCACUUAUGGGCCUCGUGGUAGUUGGGAUUACAAAUGCCUUGAUCUCUUCACCGUCUGACCUGGGAAAGAGUGCAGUUCUUGGAGUGAUCUUGUUGGGUUUGCUUUCUCAAGUCAUCUACGAGCAGAAAGUGUUAUCAGAAUCAGAAACUAAGCAAAAGCAGACAUCUGAAGAAGAGAAAAAGUGAAAUCAUCUCUUCCGCGGUUGUACAAAAACAGCAAAAUGUUAAAUAUUAAUGUAGCAUGAGCUAUAACCUCAAAUAAAACGAUAUUAUUGGAGGCUGAUAUAUCAUGCCGAUUUUUCUCUUGCAUCAGCGUAUCCAAGUCCCAUGGCAACUGCAGCCACCAAAGCUGGAUAAAUGUAAGAUGCUUCAUAUUGAUCAACAAAAUAGGACAUGUCAACUUUUACUUUCUAGAGAUAGGGGUGGGCAUCGGUCGGUUCAGUUUUUCAUACUUUUUUCGGUUGCUUUGUUUUUCAAUUUUUGUGAAUGAGAAAACCAAAACUUACGGCA